GAACCGGGAGACAAACUGACGUUUGGAGGAAACUUGUGAUAAACACAUUAACUAAAUAUAACAACUACGAUGAAUAGAAGCGGUGCAGAAAUCAGAGCUAGUGAGGCUCAGUCUAAGUUUAUUCAAGAUCGAAUCACUACGGUAGAAAGAGAUUUUGGUCAGCUUUGUGACACUUUCUCAUCAUACACAAGAAAAUCUGCACGACUAAGGGAUAAAGGUGAUUUACUUGCCAAAGAGUUAAUAGCUCAUGUUGAGAAAGAAACGCUGAACCCCAGUACAAAGAAAGGCGUCACAGAUUUUGCAGCCGUACUGGCUUCUGUACAGGAUUAUCGACAAGCUCAGGUGGCCAGACUCGAGGCCAAGGUAGUUGCACCUAUGAGCUCAUAUGGACUGAUAUGUAAACAGGCUAAGGCUGAACUGAAGGCAACAUUUGCAGCACAGCAGAGAGAACAGAAAUCCAAGCGUCAGUUAGAUAAAGUCCGUCAGAAUAACCCCAGUGACAGACAUCAAAUUUCCAAGGCAGAAACAGCUUUGCAAAAGGCCAGUGUUGAUGCCUCCAGAACCAGCAAGUCUUUAGAACAGCAGAUGGAUAACUUUGAGAAGAAGAAACUGAAAGACCUUAAGAAAGUGCUGUCAGACUUUGUCAACAUAGAAUUGCAUUUUCAUGCUAAGGCAUUGGAACUGUACACAAACUGUUUUAAAGGCUUGGCCAGCAUUAAUGAAGAUGAAGAUCUUGAGGAAUUUCGCAACUACCUGUACCCUCCUCAAUCUGCCUCCAGAAUGGGAAUGGCCAGAACAGCCUCACAGCGAUCUUUGAACUCCUCUGUCCAGUCAGAUUUUUAUACACAGACUCCUCCCACAUCAGCCCGGAGGUUGCCACAACCAAACACGCCCACACGACAACAACAGGUUCACACACAUCAGAAUGGUGUUGAUGAAGAAGACGAUGAAGACGACAGUGAGGAAUACAGUGAUGAAUAUGAAGAUGAAGAGAGUGAAGAUGAAGUAACAGAAACACCGCGGCCUGCUCCCAACACAAGAGUUGUACAAGUGAAGCGGUGAACUGUGGGAUCAUACAUGUGAACUUAUUAAUUCUGUAUGGUUUGGAUAUAGAACUGUAGGUUAUAGUAGAGAAUCAUUGUUGAACUGUUCUUUUAAUGGUUGAACAGUGAAUCUUAUGUCAUAUAAUUUAGCAGCAAACAGUGAAUCUGACUGGUGAAACAUUAUAGCAUGCUGUCAGAAGCACUUCAGCAACUGUUAUGUGUCUCUGUAGAGACAAUUAGACAGCCAUAUAGAGAUACAAGAAUGAUACACAAUGCAUGAAUAGGACUUUAACUGUCAUAUAUGUUUUCUGAAGAAAAGUUCCAUCGAUGAAAUGGAUUUCUGAUUCUGACAUUUUCUUGGUUUUAGAAAGCUUGAAAAUAGACUGGUAAAAGGCAAUUCAGCAACAAAAGUAAGGCUUUAUGACCCUAAUUUGUCCCUCAAAUUUUUAGGACAAAAAGUAACACAGAUAUUUUCUAAACAGCAUUUUUCCACUGUCAUCAGUUAUUCUUUUAUCCAGUUCAUUUGAUUCAAUUGUAUAAAGCAGGUACAUAUGUGCUGGACACAAAAGUCAGUCAGCCAAAUGUCCAUCCAUUAAGGGUAGUGUGUAUUGACACAGCUGUUAAACAUCACCUGAUACUCCAGAGAGUUUUGUCCCUGCUUGUUUAACAGCGUUAACAAGUGUUAAUCCUGCCAUUUCGUUGGUGCGGGGGUAUAUUGUAAGAGAUCUCCAAACCAGACCAGACAAAUAAGUUUAUCAAGAUAUCUGUUAUAUCUGUUUAUGGAUUAUGCAAUGUUCAAAUGAUCAGUGACCAUGCAUAAUGCAGAUAUAUUGAUGAUUUUUGUCUGUCAGAGUGAUGUAGGUGUAUGUCUACUACAUUCUAUGGUUUUGUAAUCACUGGCUCAUGUGUCCAUAUCAGGAAAUACAUUGUCAAGUUACAUCUGCACAUAACUGUCAUAUUUCCCAUCACUUCUUCAAAAAAUUGUGUUGUCUAAAGGUUACAGCACCAUUGGGCAGCAUGAUUUAAGAGAAAAGUUUUAAAAAACUGAAUCUGAAUGUUGUGUGAAAGUAUGGACACUACCAGGAACAAAAAUCAUUAAAUGUUUAUUAGAAUGGGUUUUAUGAGCGAAGGGGAGAUAACCCGCUUCUUUACCCACUUGGCAUACAUGUGUCUUCUCUAAGCUUCAGCUGGACUACUUUCCCCUUAUUUCUCACACUUUUUCACGGGUCUUUCAGUUCUGUGUUGUGUCUUUUGACAUUCUCACAACCUUUUCCUGCCUUGUAAGCAUCAGUAACUUAUGUUUGUACGGACAAUUUAAAGAAAGUGUUUCUGCUUACUGGAAUUGGUUGGUUACGAAUGCAUGUACCUUCAGCCUUUACAUAGUAUGCAAAUAUAUAUUAGUUCAUGUGCUUCUCACUAGGCUUUUAUUUUGCACUUUGAUUUGAUAGCAGUUUAGCUAGGAGAGAGUGUUAUUUAUUACAUUAUUAUGUUUUGUGAGGUGGUCGUUUAGUGAGUGAGGGAUAAAUAAAGUAGCAACACAAGUGCUAGAAUUAUAGUUGCUACAUGUAUAUCCACUUGUUAUGGAAAUUUUGAUGUAGAAUUGCUUGUUUAAAUGUAAAAAACAAGCCAUUUUGAUGUGGAAAUGAUGAAUACCCCUUAUUACAAAUUACAUUAUGUUAUAAUUCAGUACAGUGUGGUCACAAAUGUGAAGGCCGCUACCUCAGUUCUUCUACCCCCUAAGUAUCGUCAACUUCUGUUGUAUCCAUCUGUGCAUAUCAUAUGUGUCAUUGGAGAAAACUUUAAGAAUCUAUUUUGUUUACACAGAAAGGCUUAUUAUAGUUGAUGUAUUUAUUCAUCGAAACGUGCGAACAGGUAUAGUAGAGAUCUGCCUUGAUGCAAUUAACCAACCCAUUAUAACCCACAUCAUAUGUGAAAACAUGAUAGGCAGACUUGUCUCUCAGCAACAGCAGCUGGAGUACAUUCAUACACAUAUUACUCAUGCGAUAAAGAUUUACGUUCGUCACUGAGAGUAAGAGUAGAAACUUGAUUGUUCAUAGAUCUUUUGUUCAGUUUUAUAGUGUUUUGUAUAAUCAGUUCUAGAAAGGAUCCAAAGUUGUUUUGAAUAUGUUUAAUUUUGAAUAGGGGUCCUGCGUGGAUCAGUUGGUUAGCCGCUAAUGCAGUGUAAUGACCCAGGAGCCUCUCACCAAUGCGGUCGCAGUGAGUUCAAGUCCAGCUCAGGCUGGCUUCCUCUCAGGCUGUACGUGGGAAGGUGUACCAGCAUCCUGCGGAUGGUCUUGGGUUUUCACCGCGCUCUGCUCAGUUAUCUCCCACCAUAAUACUGGUCGCCCUCGUCUAAGUGAAAUAUUCUUGAGUAUGGCGUAAAACACAAAUCAAAUAA